UGAAUUUUUGAAGAUGAGGAGAAAAUGAGAGAAAGAAGAAGCACAGCGACGUGUUGAAGAGGAAGCAGGCCGCCUGGAAAAAGAACGCAUUAUCGUGAAGAAUAAAGCUUUGAAGUACAAGCAGAAGAAACGCAUUGAAGAGGAGAGACGCGCUGAAAUGCAAAAGGAUAUGCAACUUCAGCUAGCUAUCCAUGUCGGGGAGUUAGAGGAUCGGCUUGUCCAACGGUUGAAUCAGGUGGUUUCCGUUGUUCCUCCAAGUCAGGAACGCGGCAAGAAAAAUGUGACGUAUAAUCAGAACGAGGUCCCAUCGGCAAGUUCGCGGGACGAGAGUGACACUAACGUAACUCAAGAUCUGAGUGCAUGUGCUGGGCGAUUGGAGAUCUCGGAUAAGCGUAAGCGAGGGCCGAAACCUGUCUUUGAGGACCCAAGUCCACUUAUGGAACAGCCAGCUAAGCGUACUCUGAUUCGUGAAAUUUUGAAGCCAAUCAAGUUGACUGGUCGUCUGACGCGCUCCAAAUCCAAGAAAGCUGGUGGGAGCCUUACCCCUACGUCAGCGAAGAAGAAGAUUGCUACGCCUCUCUCAAAGAGGUGUACUCCAACUCGUAAACGUACACCGCUAGUGUCGGCAACGGUGGAUACGUCGUUAGAACGAUUGCGCUACCUCGAUAACGUUUUGCGUGAACUGAAGGAUCUUAACGCAAUGGAGCUGCAACGUAUUUGUCGGGAGGAGAAUAUCCCGUAUGACAAGAAAAUUGAUGGGAUCUUCGACAUCGUGGAUUACCGGACCGAACGUGCGUUCAUUGCGGCGACUGCGGAGGCUGAAUAUAUCACCAUUUCUGAUGAUGUGUCUACCCAGCCGAAAGAGAUUGCUACGACUGUUGGGUGAUGUGAACUCUCGUUGCUGCAACUUCGAAGAGUAUGUCGAUUUUUAUCCCAGUUACGUUGUGAAUCAUAG